AUAAUGCAUUUCAGAAAGAAGUCAACUGCCUCCACUGUUUCUUCCAAAAACAUCAAGCUAACCAAAAAGGAUGCUGAAAAUUUUAAAAUGAGAACUGGUAAUGUUCAUGAUCCAAUCUUAUCUGCUGUCAAUGAAGCUCAGCCCUUUGAACAGGCAAACGAUGGUUUCAACCAAACCAAUCAGCAGCUAGGUUUGGCCUACAUGGCUAAAACUGGCAAUUUGAAGGAUUCCUUUGGUAAUCUGAUCACCACUCCAGAUAUUUCAAAUCCAACUAGAUCAAGAGAUGAAAGACCCUUAGAUACAAUCAAGAGCUUUGAAUAUGCCAUCACCGGUGAUACCUAUUUCAAAUCAAAUUUGGAGACUCCAAUCUAUGGCUGGACUGUCAGACCAAACUUCCCUCUCUUUACAAAUGGUAAUCCAUAUGCAAACAAUAAUAAUAAAGAACCACAAGUUGUUUAUAAACCCAAACUCGAUUCAAACACCAAUCAACCAAAGAAAAAAAAAAGAGGUUUCUUCCGAAGAAGAAAA